UUAACAACCAUUUUUUCCUGAUUUAUCCUAGCACAGGAACAUUAAUUUAUUCAUUACAUGUUCUGGAGGAAGACAGAUUUUUCAAGAAAAAUAAGAGCAUGAACAAAUGACCAUGUUUGUAUAUACUCCGGUGCUUACAACCCUUUUGAUGGUACAGCUGGCAGUAAGUCAGCAUAACCAAGGAAUCACCGUGCCAGAUAUGACACAAUACCAUGGCAACAUGUUCAAUGGGCACACAGCUCAACCCAACAAAGAAAACAGCUACCCUUGUCCAAAUAAUCCAAACUGUUCCUGUAGUGAAUUUAUAAAACUGAAGGAGCUAAAAGUUGACUGCACUAGCACUAAAAUGACAGAAAUACCUGCCAACUUUCCGAACAACACAACAACUCUGAUAUUGGCGAAGAACUACAUUUCUGAAAUUCCAGAUGGAAUUUUUAACUGGUACUCUUUCAUGACCUCCUUGGAUCUAUCAUACAACUACAUUGCAGAACUUGGAUCAGACACAUUCACUGGUCUAGAAAACCUUCGUGUUCUCAAUCUUCAAAUGAAUAAACUAAGGUAUACACACACAGCUAUACGGAACGAUACAUUUAGACCGCUCAAACAGCUUACAACUCUAUAUCUUCACCAGAACUUAUCUGAAUUCUGGGAGAAUGAAAGUUAUCCCAUCCAGGCUAUGAAACUAUUGACAAAUCUAACUAAACUAAACUUGGAUGGCAUGAAAAACCAGAGCUUUGUUUCAGAAUUUAAAGCAUUAGCAUUAGAAACUCUGAACCUUGGUGGGAGAUUCAGGGGGGAAAUUGGACAGAUCACAAAAAACAUGUUCCACAAUCUGCCAACAUUAAAACGGCUAUAUUUGAAAAACUGCAGCAUUGAUUUUGUCGAAAAUGGCAGUUUUACCGAAUUAUCAAACUUGGAAAAGCUGGAUCUUUCUUUCAAUGAAUAUUUAGAAUUCAAAAGUUUGGCGAACAUUACGUAUGGCCUGCAAUUCACACAAAUCAAAUCGCUAAAUUUAAGAAGGAUACAUGAAAUACUUGGAGACUGUACAAAACUUACUGAAGAAAACCUAAAAUACAUUUCUAACACCUCUGUAAAGAAUAUCAGUUUAGACUCUAACAGGCUAGAAACAAUGGACCCAAAAGCUGUGCAAUAUAUUCCUAAAAGCUUAGAACGCGUAUCAGUAAGAUACAACAGACUUGCCUUUGGGAAAUAUAUAUGGGAACUCUCUUCAUAUGUAAGGAGAAAUGAUUCGGCAAAUCUAAAAUACCUUUCACUAGCAUCACAACGGCUCCCAGAUCGCAUCAGUCAAGGGUUAAAACAAUUUUAUUUAGGAAAGCAAUAUUCUAUAAUAAGGAACAACAACAAACGAUCACUCGAUAAUUUAAAACGGCCAAACAUUCACAAAACUAAAAGUGCCACUUUGUCACAUGAUUCUAUAAAUGGCAAAGGAUCUAACCAUGAAAGCAAGGAAAACCACUCUGUUUAUAACUACGAUGUUAACGAUGAAUCGGACAUGUUUCUGCAGUAUUUCAGCAGCAGGUGUGGAUACUGCCCUAUGUCUUCUAUUAGAAUCGUAAUCCCUAGAAAUCUGGAAUACCUGGACUUACAUGAGAUGAGAUUUCGUACAGAAUUACUGCAGUUCUGUAUGUGUGAAAAUAAAAUCGAAACACUGAGAUGCGAUAAAAACAUGAUUUGGAACUGGAAGGGAAAAUUGUUAGGAUUAAACAGACUAAAAAAUUUAACACUUGCUAACAAUGCAUGCUCUAGAAUAUCUUAUGAUUUCUUUGACAAUAUGACAAGCCUUGUAUCCUUGAACAUCUCAAAAAACUUUCUCGGAACUCCACUAAGCAAAGACUACAAUGGUCAGACUUUUAAGAAACUUGCAAAUUUAGAAACACUAAGUCUAGCAUACAACGGGAUAAAACAACUGCCAAUCAACUUUUUCCGAGGUCUGACGAGACUAAGAAAUCUAACUCUGAAAGGAAAUCAGAUUGCACAUGUGGACUGGAAUACACAGUAUAUGGAAAAUUUAUCAUUUGUAGAUUUGGCAGACAAUUUCAUUGAAGUUAUCAAUGAGUCUGUACGCAAAAACUGGGACAAACUGGCAUCAAAAACAAACUUAUCUGUUAAUCUUGCCAAAAAUAAUUUACAGUGUACAUGCCAGCAUUUGGACUUGAUCAAAUGGUUUUCCGAAACCAGGGUUCACUUUAUGGAUUACAAAACAUAUACAUGUAAGUUUGACAAUGGGUCUGUUGGAAACUUGACCUUUGUGUCACAGAUAUACAGGUCGUUAGAAAGCGAGUGUGCAAACUACCUGACGAUUAUUCUAGCCACUUCAGCCGCAAUCCUUAUUGGAAUAUUUGCCAUAGUCGCUGGAACAGUGUAUCGAUACAGAUGGAACUUACGUUAUAUGUAUUAUUCUGCAAAAGUUAAACUAAGGGGUUAUGUUCCUGUGAACAACGAUGACAGUGAAUUUGAGCAUGAUGCAUUUGUUUCUUAUGCCAGCGAGGACGGCACAUUCGUAAGGCAACAUCUUGUUCCUGAACUGGAAAUGAAACGGGGACUGAAACUACUGGUUCAUGAUCGUGACUUUGUAGCGGGCAAUUUUGUCUGCGAUAAUAUUAUGAGAGCCAUAACAACAUCUAACAAAAUGUUGAUCAUUAUGACACCACACUUCCUGCGCAGCAGAUGGUGUUGUUACGAAAUGAACAUGGCGAGAAUGGAAGCGAUAAAAACUGGCCGAGAUGUCAUCUGUAUUCUCAUGAAGGAACAUGUUCGAACAUCUGGUCUCCCGCUAGAAGUACUUGACAUCAUUCAGCAGCAAACCUACAUGGACUACCCAACAGGAAACCAUCAACAUGUACAACAGUUUUGGGAAAGGGUAGCAGAUACUCUAAGGCAAAAGUAGUGGACUGAAAUAAUCAAACUUUGAAUUAGUUUGAAGAUAGAAUAGCAUACCCUGCAUACUCUGUAAGAGAAGAUAAAAUUUAACAAACUCCUGAAAUUCAAACUUUCAAAACGGAUCAGCAGGCUUGUUUGGAAAAUAUAUUAUAAUGUCUGUAAAGUUUGUCACCAUCCUGACAAGCACAGAUAUAGUCAAUUCAUCUAUACUAACUACUCCUCUAGAAAUUCUGGUGACUAACAGGCCUUUAUUUUGUAUAUGUUUUGCAUUAAAUAAUAGUUUCUUGGAAGAAUAUCACAUUUUGCAUUUAAGAUCACUUUCUUUGGACCUCCAUGCGACCAGUUACUUAAUAUAAGUUACAUGUAUCAGGAUAGGUGAAGUGAUGUCCCUUGGUGAGACAUUCAAAUUUUGGAGCUCUUAGGAAAAUCGGAAAUUUUUCCUUUUUGGGAAAUACUGAAAAAUUGUGAUUUUUGGAUUAUUUUGGACUAUUACAUUCAUUUUAUAUGGUAAAUAUAUUUACUAUGAAAAACAAACAGUUUGACAAUGUUUAACAUGUGAUAUUAUAAAGCAAUGUUAUGAAGAGGUCAAAUCUGGGAGCGCCAUAUUGAAAACCUUAUUUUAGUGAACAGUUGUCAAAUACAAUGAUAUAAUGAUAUCAUAACAGAUAUUCUGUGCAAGGAUCAGACACAAGUACCGUUAAUCCUUAAUACGAGAUACAAUAGAGAUAUGCUAUUAUACUAAAUAAUGGCAGAAAAGUAUGCAGUGAAAGAUAGUGAUAAAAAAAGACCACGCAGUGAGUUAAGCAGUGUAAGUGAACUGGAUACAAGCGCAGAUAUAACUCCUAGAAAGAAACCUAAAAAAAAACAAAAUACAAACCAAGAAGACCCCAUGCAAGAUAUUAGAUCACAAUUACACCAAAUAAAUUCAAAACUAGAAAAUGUAAUGACAAAAGAUGAUGGCACUCUGAGAACAAUGAUUAAAGAAAUGAUAACACAAAUGAAAGACGAACUUCUUAAAUCGGUUGAAAAAAGAAUUGAAAUACUCGAAUCAAAAAUCUUUGAUAGGGAUGUAGAAAAUGAGGCACUAAAAACCAAGGUCGAUAAAUUAAACAAAACAAUAGACAAACAGUCCUAUGAGAAUGAAAAAUUAAGAUCAGAUCUGAGAAAAAGUGAGGUAAAAACAGACGAAUUCUUGAAGGACAUUGAGCAGCAUGACAGGCUACAUAAUGUAAGAAUUAACGGCAUUGCGGAAAAAAACUUACCCGGCAAAUCCCUCAGUUAACUGAGUGAUGAUGAAAUGCAAAAAUAUGGGGCUGCAGCAGACACAAACCAAAAACAAGUGACACCGUCUGCAUGGAAAAAAAGAUAAUAGCGCCAAACUACUAGAAAAUGCUAAUAAAAAUGAAAACAGAUUACCAGAAAAUGCUGACCAAACAACAGAUAUCAUUAUAAAAGCUCUGAACAGCCAUAUAAAGGAUUUAAACCUAAAAAGAGAAGACAUAGAUAUCAGUCAUCGGUUGGGAAAAAGCGGCGGAAAUAAACCAAGACAGAUAAUCUGCAGAUUUACAUCAAGAUUGAGACAUAAAAAACUCUUGUCAAAACCCAUUUAUGUAUCUGAAGAUCUAACACGCACAAACUACCAAGUGUUAAUGUGCCUUAAACAUAAAAUGCCAGACGAGGUAGACAAAUGCUGGGUGCGAAACGGGAACCUAUAUUUUAAAAACAAAAUGGGACACGUGCAUCGAGUACAGAGCAGAGAAUAUGACCACUGGCUGAAUCUACCUUGGCCAAAAAGUGAUAAAAACUUAUAAUGUAAACACCUAUAUCAAAUACCAGAAGUGCAAAUAUAUAUAUUAUAUGUAUAAAGUAUGAUGCCAGAAUACAUUUAUGAGUUAAGAUUAACAACAUAUUUACGAGUACAUUAUCGGAAGCCGAUUAAGCUUUUUAAAUUUUAAAGAUGUCUUUUUUAAAAAAAAUAUUAAAAUAAGAAUUAAACUAUAUUGCAUGUUUUUUUUAGAUAUCUGAAAAUAGGUCAAUCCUCUUUUUGGCAAAACCCCAGCCAUGCAUAUUUACCUCUAUCCUCGAUCUCUAACCUUUCACGAAAUGUGCAUGCUUUGCAAUAUACAAACCAAUGAAUACAUUCACUGAUGCAAAUCACUUCUUAGUGUACUUUAAAUACAGGGUUAAGAAUGAAAAUUAUUACCUUGCAGAUGUAUUAUUACAGUUUGGCGAGAUAAUUUUGUGUCACCGAAUCCGAUUAAAUAAAAAAUAUGUAUUACUGAAAUAUCAGUGACUAAUGUACAGUGAAUGGGUAUGCGUAGGCGAAACGUCACAGAAUGUAAUAUUUGCAUAGAAAUAUAUAAUAUUUUAUAUAUAUAUUUUUUUUGACAAAUCUUUUUGAGACAUUCUACGCGAGCUCGGUUAAGCAGGCACCAUAAUUAAAUAUGUGCACAAACACAUACAGUUGUGUGGAUACAUGUAUAUGAUGUUAUAUGUAUGUAUAUGUGUGUAUAGAUACGUGUGUGUAAAUACGUGUAUGUAGAUGUGUUAUAACCUAUACAGGUGAUAUUUUUAUGUAGAUGAAUUGUAAUCUAAAUAAUGCGAAUGUGCUUUAUUUCAUUUUGAAAGAGAGUCAAAAAGUUUAGGAAAUAAAACAAAUAAUUAUGAUUAAUUAUACUUAUAUGAUAAAAGAUAUGAAAGUCGCCUUUAAAAAUUACAACUUCAAGCAACACGAAUUAGACUCUCUUUAGUUAAUCUGCAGGCUUGAUUAUAUAAAUUUCAGCAACUGUUUGUUGAAUGACCUAGAUUCCUUAUUAAUUUUCAUUUCGAAAAAGGACCAGGUUUUUCUUCAUCCCGUUUUUUUUUUUCUUCAAGAAUGGAGAGUAUUUGAUGUUUAAAUACACAGACUUUCUAAAAAUUAAAAAACUGUAGUCCAUACACAUAGGUUCAACAGUAUUUACUACGACUGCUUGAUUUAAAUGGAUCCUCGGAAUGUGUAGAAUUGUUUUCUUUCUUCUUUUUUUGUUUUUGAAAUGCACGGAAUAUUUUCUAUAUGAACGAUUUGCAUAUCCGUCGUAACGAAUUCAUUUGGUAUAUAUGUUAAAAUACAUAGCAAAAUAUCAUUAUGAACAUUUUUACACGUUUUCUUGCUGUAACUUUUAAUAAGAAUACAUGAGCCGUGCCAUGGGAGGGCCAACGUGGUGAGUCUGCGGCUGGCGUGGGUCCGGACCGGCCUGCGCAUCUGCGUGGUCUGGUCAGGAUCCAUGCUGUUCGUGAACAGUUUCUCUAUUUGCUAUAGGCUUUGAGAGCGAACGGCGUGGGUCCUGACCGGACUGCAUGGAUGCGCGGCUAGUCUGGAGCCAUGAUGGUCGUGGGUCCACUAUGUUGAUUUUCUCAUGGCGCAGCUCACAUAUAUUAUUAUAUACCGGUCGCAUUACGCACAAGAUAUUAUGCUGUUCACGAACAGUUUCUCUAUUUGCUAUAGGCUUUGAGAGCGAACGGCGUGGUUCCUGACCGGACUGCGUGGAUGCACGGACUGGUCUGGAGCCGUGCUGAUCGCGGGUCCACUAUGUUGAUUUUCUCAUGGCGCGGCUCACAUAUAUUAUUAUAUACUGGUUGCAUUACGCACAAGAUAUUAUUAAAUCAAGCUGUCUUUUAAUAUUAGAAAAACGAGUUUGUUUUUUUACUGCUUGAACUUAAAUUGAUGCCACACGAAACCCAUUUUGAAUGUCAAAAAUUAAACAGUUUUGAUUAGUAGAUGUGAAUUCAUGUAUUUAUUUCAGCCUUAUUUUAUGUCACAAGAAAUUUAUUUGAACAUGAAUAUUGUAUAAUACGUUUUAAUACAAUGAUAUAAAUCAAGGCUGGUAAAUAUUCACAAUAUACAAAUACUUUUGAUAACAUUACAUGUAUGUAUGUGUAAUUAUAAUUAAUUUAGGUAUUAUAUGCAUUUUUUACUUCUGUAAUAUUGAUGAUCGUCACCUUUCACAUUAUAUGCAGUUGAAUUUGAAUAUUUUGGAUUUAACUUCUAAUCUACCAUUUACCCUUGGUACAUUCGUGGUUGAAAUUUGUAACCUGCCUAUAACACACCUGUAUACUUUGUUUAAAGAAAAAGCGGGAAAAAGUAAAAACAUUAACAGCUUAAUCUACCUAUACCUAAAAGUACAUUUCUUGUUAAACUUAUUAUAAUAUCUAUAAUAAUGAUUAUACGAGAUGAGCUAGGCAUUGAAAAGGGGCACUACCCAUGACCUACUCAUAAACAUGCUUUUCAAGAUUACUUCCCUUACCCGUUUAGCUAUGAUCGUUUCCAUUUUUAAAAGUGUAUUCCAGUACCAUUUAUUUGGUCUGUUAUGGCAACAUCUAUAAUGUCAGUGAACGUUAGGGUCUUAUUAAUACAAGAAAACGAAAACAAGUAUUUCAGUGGUUAAAGCAUCAAAAUUUCUCAAUCUGUUUAUUACAGGAAACACAUCUAAUUAACAUAAACAGUAAAAUAUGGCAAAAUGACUGGAAUGGUGAAGCAUUUUUUAGCGGCAUACAUUCCAAUAAAGAAGGAAUUGCCGUGCUAUUAAAUAUUAAAGAAAAAUAUGAGGUAAUUAAUUUUACGGAAACAGUUAAAGGCCGAUUAUCUGCAUUAGAAAUAAAAAUCAAUGAUAAUGAUCUUAUAAUUUUAAAUGUUUAUGGUCGGAACAAUGAUGAUAUCCAUUUUUUUCGAAACUAGAAUUUUUUUUACUAGAAAAUAAUGACAAAAACUUUAUAAUAGGAGGAGAUUUUAAUACAGUACUCGAUAUAAAUUAUGAUAAGAAAAAUGGCCGACAAGACAAGAUAUGGACCGGACACGAAUGCACUAUCAUGAAAAAUGACCUUUAACGUCUAAGUGUGACCUUGACCUUUGAGCUACGGACCUGGGUCUUGCGCGCGACACGUCAUCUUACUGUGGUACACAUUCAUGCCAAGUUAUUUGAAAAUCCAUCCAUCGAUGACAAAGAUAUGGACCGGACACGAAAAUUGCAGACAGACUGACAGACGGACAGACGGUUCAAAAACUAUAUGCCUCCCUUCGGGGGCAUAAAAAGAGAUAUCAAAUGAAGAAGCUAUAUUUUAUAAAAACUUGUAUAAAAAAUGGCAGGUGAAAUCGUCCACAAUAAAUUUUUUGAUGAAUCUAUAAGGAAAUUAUCUAAUGAAGAAAAAUGUACAUGUGAAGGAAAACUCACAGAAUGAGGAAUGUACUAAAGCCCUUUUUGACAUGAAAAACAAUAAAAGCCUAGGCUCUGACGGUCUUACAACAGAAUUUUAUAUUAAGGUAUACUUCAUAAAUGCUCUUAAUUAUUCAUAUGAGAAGGGAGAAAUGUCAGACUUGCAAAAACAAAGUAUUUUAACACUAUUACCCAAACCUGGAAAAGACCAAACUUCACUAGCGAAUUGGCGACCAAUUAGUUUACUUAAUGUUGACUACAAAAUUGCAACAAAAACAAUCUCUAAUCGACUUAAAAAUGUUUUACCACAUAUUAUAAGUUAUGAGCAAACUGGAUUCAUGAAAGGAAGAUAUAUAGGAGAAAAUGUGCGCCUUAUUUUUGAAAUUAUAGAAUAUCUCAAUCAACAAAAUUUUGCUGGUCUUCUUUUGUUUUCAGAUUAUGAAAAGGCAUUUGAUAGUUUAAGCCAUGAUUUUAUAAUGCUUACUUUAAAGCACUUCAAUUUUGGUCAGUCUUUCAUAAAAUGGGUAAAGCUCUUUCAUAGUGAUAUCACCAGUCUGAUUAUUAACAAUGGUUUUUUAUCAGAAAGUGUUCAAAUUGAACGUAGGGUUCGACAAGGCUGUCCUCUUUCUUCUUCGCUGUUUAUCGUUUGCAUGGAAUUAUUAACUAAUACUAUAAAAAAAGAUGAACACAUCAAAGGAAUCAAUAUAGGAAAUACUGAAAUAAAACAAACACUUUUAGCAGAUGAUGCAACAUAUAUUAACAAUGGUAAUAAAGAAUCGUUUGAGAGGAUCAUUAAAAAUCUCAGAUGUGAAAUACAAAACAAAGAAAGAUUUCAUUUGGACAUCAAAAAGCACAAAAACUCUUGGUGUGACAUUUUAUAAUGACAGGGAAUCAAAGAUAAAAUUAAAUUUUGAGCCAAAACUACAAGAAUUCAAAAACUGUUUAAAACAAUGGCAACACCGAAAGCUCACUCUUUUAGGUAAAGUGACUGUAGUAAAAACGUUUGCUCUGCCAAAACUCAUAUAUCCCUUUAUUGUCUUGCCGAAUCCAUCAGAAAACAUUAUAACAGAUAUUAUCCGAACGGUCUUCAGUUUUAUAUGGGAUAAUAAAUCUGAGAAAAUAAAACGUAAGGUUUUAACUAAGGACUACGAACUAGGAGGGUUAAAAUUAACAGAUAUUAGGUUAUCUGUGCAUUCCAUAAAAAGCCUAUUGGGUAAAACGAAUAAUAUGUGACGAGAAUAAAGGUCCCUGGAAACUAUUUUACGUAAAUGCUCUUGAAAAAUUUGGCGCUCAGUUAGUUUUUGAAGGUAAAUUAAAUAAAGAUGACAUAGAUCUUAAUAUCUGCAAUAAAAAUAUAUUCUUAAAAGAUAUUCUAAUUACUUGGUUUAAGAUUAGCCAUGAAUACAACCAAAUAAGAGAAGAUAUAAAUCUAUAUAUAUCUAGAUAUAAAAUAUAAUAUAUGGAAUAACUCGGAAAUACGAAUGCAAAACAAAACAAUUUUCUGGAAUAAUUGGUAUAAUAAAAAUAUAAAAUAUAUAGACCAGUUGUUCGACUUUCGGCAAAAAUGUUUUUACAGAUUUAAUGAAGCGAAACAAAUGUUAGACUUAGAGGAACAUGAUUACCUUAACUAUUUUAAAUUAAUAAAGAGUAUUCCAAAAUGCAGCAUAAAAUAUAUAACCCAAAGUUUCUUAAAUAAUAAUAGGGACAAUACAUUAAUUGAUAAAAUAAAGAACAUUGAAAAACUGAAUCAAUUACUAUAUAAAAUUCAAAUAAAAUGUAUGCCCAUUGAAGACAUAAAAGCAGAAAACAAAUGGAACGAUGUUCUUGAAAAUCGCGACAUUAACUGGAAGCGUAUAUAUACAGUACCGCUUAAAACUACUAUUGAUACAACACUUCGAAGUUUUCAGUAUAGAUUCUUAAUGUGUUUGUUACCCACAAACAAAUAUUUAUAUACAUGUAAACUGGUCUCCAGUAAUCUAUGUGAUUUCUGCAACAUGAAUAUUGAAACAACCAAGCAUCUAUAUUGGGAGUGCCAGCACGUGCAGGCUCUAUGGAAUAGACUUAACAAUUUUUUUCGAAACUAAAAAUAUCCCCUAUACAGUCAAUUUUGAAGAUGUCUGUUUUGGUUGUAUAGGAAAUACUAAAAUGAAAAGCGCAAUAAACUUUGUUAUUAUAUUAUGUAAGUUUUUCAUUUUAAGAAUGAAAUACAGGAAGACAAUUCUGAUUUUUAAACAGUUUCUUGACUAUCUAUAUUUGCGUAUAUCCCUGGGAAAAAAAAUAGCUUUAAUGAAAGAUAGAUUAGAUAAACAUGAAUCCAAAUGGUCCUUUUUAACUGAAAUUUAGCCACCCCAAAAAUUUUCAUUCUUUUUUAGCAUAAAUCGAAUAUAUCUUUUCAAUUUAAAUGGAAACGAUCCCCUUUUUUCUUCUUCUCUUAUCUAGACCUUCCUUUUUCAUCAAUCAGCAUCACAUCUUCCUUUAAAAAAACUCUCCUUUUACAUACAUAUGGAAUAUUAUAACUAAAUCAAUACAUAUUUGAUAAAUAUGAUUACAAAACUGAAACUUAUGUUUAUUCAUUGUGUUGUUUACAUUUUAUUGCAUUGCUUUUGUAUACUGGAUUAUAGUAUUAUGUGUAUGUUAUUGUUUCAUGUAUGUAAAGGAAUAAACGGGGUUAUCAAUAUGAGCCCCCCCACCACCCCCGCAUCCCCCCAAAAAAAAGUUACAUGUAUCACUGAGAUAAACAAAAUCCACAAGUCGUAAAUAAAUAUCCUUACUGUUAUAAAAAAUGUAACAUAAUAAAUGUAUAUUCUACUUUUCUGCUUCAAUAAAAUAAAUAUACAGCUUCUCA